UGUACUUAAUCUCUCAGCACUCAAAGUGGUGAUGUCGUCUGGGUGAGAGCGUAAUGUUGCAGAUAGUUUUAUCUGAGAUGCAUCACAGCUUCAUAGCGAAGAAAUGGGGAUGGGCGCAACAGAUGCUUCUCUACUUUUUGGUUUCAGGUACUCACUCCUUGGUCACUGUCCACCAGCCCCCUGUGCUUACCACUGCUCUGGGUCAUGACGUUAUAAUGCCGUGCCAUCUCAAUAUUUCCCACGAUGAGAAAAUGGUGACCCCACCCGUUCUGUACUGGGUGUUCUUAUCAAAGGACGGCACUGACAAUCCCAGGCUGUGGUCCCCCUCUGAGAAAUAUGAUGGACGUGUUGAGCUUCUGGAUAGUAACCCAAAUAUUUCAAUCAAGUCCGUACUCCUAAAGAAUGUGCAGUGGGCCGACAAUGGGAAGUACCAGUGCAAAGUGUCCGUCAUCACAGAGAGUGAUCGUUUCAGGAGUAAAGGAAAUAACACUUUACUGAUGGUGUAUGAUACCAUGAUCUUAAACCUCACCGGUCACAAUGACUCUCUGCUUGUGUGUAAAGUCAACGUGACCUGGGAUCCCGGAUUUGUUUUGUCUAUUUUUUAUGAUGGAUGCAAACUCCAACCUGUUGACUCAGCCCCAGGACAUUCUGAUGCAGAUUUUCCCUACGUCACACUCUCUGAGACCGUUUCUCUGGGGCGCAAAGGACAAUAUGAGUGUCAGCUGCAAUUGAACAAAGAUUUGGUGACAAAAAGCAUCUUCUACCACGUGCCUGGUAAUAAUCUCCCUCCUUAUCUAGCGAGCUCACAGAAGAGAAGGGGAGGGUAA